CGCAAGUUGAAGUCUGGUUCAAAUGCAGCGUUCGCGGUCCCAACUCGAAGCAAUUCUUCGGCCUGGAGAAGGUCUGACGCGGGAAGGCUGGAGCAAGCUGCUAUGCUCCGUUGGUGGCAUCCCCGAAUCGCGGGUGGCCAUUGCCCUCCCUGAGGAUCAUGGUGAGAGGCAGAUCAGUGUCAAGGCCUUCCUGGACCAUUUAUAUGGCCCGGCAGGCUUGGACCUGGCUUCCAACCAGACGGAUAGAGAAAAGCGACAUUGGCUGGCGCAGGUGGCGGUGAGCGGCCUGCAUUUGGCGGAGGCACCUCUGUGGCUGCGCAGCGACCGUGACGUGGUGCUGCGGGCGGUGGCCGAGAACGGCUCAGCGCUGUCCUUCGCCGCUGCAGAGAUGCGGGAGGACCGGGAGGUGUGGGCCGCCGCGCGGCGCGGGUGGCUGGCCAAGAUCGGGGAGUACGGCCUGCGCCUGGCGGAGGCGCCGGAGGAGCUGAGGAGAGACCGGGAGGUGGUGCUGACGGCGGUGGCGAAGGACGCGGCGGCGGUGCGGCAUGCGGCCAAGGAGCUGCAGGAAGAUCCAGAAGUGAAGGCUGCCGAGCGGAAGGGGUGGCUGGCCUACCUUGCGACAGAUGGCAUGAAGCUGAGGGAUGCCCCUCCGGAGCUUAAAGACGAGCGGGAGCUGGUGCUGGCGGCCGUGUCCGAUUAUGGCCCUGCCGUGGUUUUCGCCAGCGAGGCGCUGCAGCAAGAUCCGGAGGUGAAGGCGGCCGUGCGGGUGUGGUGGCUGGGCCAAGUGGCGCAAAACGGGAAGUUGGAGGACGUGCCGCAGGAGCUGCGCGACCGGGAGAUGGUGCUGCAGGCGGUGGCAAGGGAUGGCCGUGCGCUGCACCACGCCGCGAAGGAGCUGCAACAAGACGCAGACGUCCAGGCCGCCGCGUGGCCUUGGUGGCUGGACGCUGUGGCGCAGGACCCCGCGCUGCUGCAGGAGGCGCCCAAGGACUUGCGCACGGAUCCGCGCUUCAUCCUGGAAGCGGUGCGCCUCACCAGGGCAUGGUGGCUAGUGAAGUUUGCCGGGCUUGACUCAGACCGCGAAAAGGAGUUGGAGAAGAAGUGCAGGGCACUUUGCGGUACUGGGCUGAUUUUCACAUACUACCACAGCUACAAUGCCUUUGAAUCCAUGAGGACUGCCUUUCUCACAACCGGUGCGUCGGUGCCUGGCGGACGGGCAUAUUCCCGUGUGAUGAAGGAGCUGCGUGCGCGCGGAGAGGCCGGAACAGCCACGGUGUGGUUCGAUACGGUUCCAGUCUUCGGCGCCUCUGCGGACGACGGCAGGUGGAUGCACCCCGCGAAGGAGUGCGGGCGAGACAUGGUGCCUGUGCCACCAGACUCGCCUGAACGCCACCAAAUGUGGCGAUCCAAUGUGGAGUCCCGCAAUGAGGACUCCGCGCCGGAGGCUGGGUCCAAGCACCCCUGCUGGUGCUGCCACUGGAUCCGAAAAGUGCGACAGCGCCACCGACAAGGCGCGGUGAUUUGCUGCACGGUCUCCAACAUCUUUCAGGCAGACUGGGUGGAGAAUUACUCGGCGGGCUCCUCCGAGCUGAGCGACGAUCGAGCAAAAGAGUUUGGGCUCCCAGAGGAGUCUUUCAGGAAUGGAAGGCCUGAGGGCUGGGGCCAGGGUGAAAUCCUCAUUGAGGGCUGGGACUUGAGCAAUGACCGGAAGUUUCAGCGGAAGUUUCAGCGCAAAGCGCCGGUCCAUUCACGUACCAGUUUGCCCUUGGGCAGCGGGUGCCGUUGGGAAAGGCAUGCCCUGGAUGGCAUGGACUUCCCCGUUUAUGUCUUUUUCAUGCCGUGAAUUCAUGCAUGUCAUGUUGCUUUCCAUCCACAGCCCUCACAAAGUGAGGGGCCAGACUGUGGCUUCACCUCAGGGCCUUGCUUAGGUUCCAUUUGAUGUGAGUCCUGAAGGCUUGUCAGAAGGAUUAUUUUAGAUUCUGCACUCUUGGCGGUUGCUAAAGGCAACUGGCCUGCCGUUCCUUCGCACAACGACAUCGGACGAGCGCAAGGUGCGAAUCGCCAACUUCAUACUGCG